GAAAAGCGCACCGCAGCCGAAAUCUUCAGUGGUUCAAUCUCAGCGGCUUUUUACACUGACUGGAUCCUGCGCGCAGCCACAGCGUCUGCACCGAGUGGUUUACGACACACACGCACACACACAUACUUGGUGUCGAAGAGUUAGCCGGAUAGUUUCUUUGAACCAAUAAGUUAACUUAAAAAGACCGGCAGCGAUGACAGCCGAGCUCAUUUCACCUCGAAGUGACUGAGACCCGCAUCUCGCCGCGUCGCAUCCAAUCCGGUUGACCCUUCAGUGAGGAUGACAAGGACGUACAGGAUGAACUCCGCUUUCACACUCGUGCUACUUGGACUGGUUGGGGCUGUGGCCAAUAAGGAGGAUUGUUUGACAGGUCAGUAUACGGCUGGUGGAGAAUGCUGUGAGGAGUGCCAGCCCGGCGAGGGCGUCGUCAAACCAUGUGGAGUCACACAGACUGCCUGCGCCCCCUGCCUUGACAGUGAAACCUUUUCAGAAAACUUCAGCCACACAGAGAAAUGUAAGACCUGCACAAUAUGCACAGGCCUAUUUCGCAUGAAGGCACCCUGCACAGAUUCCAACGACGCCACCUGUGUUUGCAACUAUGGCUACUAUAUGAAUGAACUCUCUCAGCGGUGUGAACAUUGCACCAGAUGUCCUGAAGGCAAGGGCAUGCUCCUCAGCUGUGAGUUUGACCAUGACUCGAUGUGUGAGGAGUGCACCGGGGACACCUACUCGGACCAGGAGAGUUCUCGGGAGCCCUGCAUCCCCUGCACUACCUGUGAUGAUGCGGAAGUGUUACAGCUCUGCACCGCUUUCACUGAUACAGUUUGUCAAGUUACUACAGUUUACGAUUAUGUGUCUCCUACGGCCUUUUGGGGUAACUUCACGGCCACUGAUGAUGACUUCCCACCAGACACCCCCCCACCAGAGGUGCCUAGAGACACCACCACCACCACGAAUGGGGAUUCCAAGGAGCCGAUCUACCAUCUGAACGACAAACUCAUCCCCAUCUACUGCUCCAUCCUGGCAGCUGUUGUCGUCGGCCUCGUGGCCUUCAUCAUCUUCAAGAGGUGGAACAGCUGUAAGCAGAACAAGCAAGGAGCCAAUAACUGCACAGUCAACCAGAACCAGACGCCGUCACCUGAAGGAGAGAAGCUGCACAGUGACAGUGGCAUUUCUGUAGACAGCCAAAGUCUGCAGGAGCAGCAGGGCCAGACUCAGGCACAGACAGUUGUCACCAUCGAUGAAGAGCCUUGUUUGCUCCUUCCUCUCAAAACCAGAGAGAAGGUGGAGAAGCUGCUGUUCAGUGGCAGCGAAGGAGACGACUGCAAACACAUGGAGGACAGCGACUGGUGCAACCUCGCGGGCCUCCUGGGAUACGAGGAGGAGCGGAUUGCCACCUUCCAGCAGGAAGAGCAUCCUGUCCGCUCGCUACUGUCUGACUGGGCGAGCAAGGACUGCGCCAGCAUCGACACGCUGUGCACGGCGCUACGCAAAAUCAACCGUGACGACAUCGCCCAGAGUCUGGUGCUAAGCCCGAGUGCUACGAAGCCCACCGCCACUUCUGUCGUGUGAUUGAAGCCCAACUGUGAGCCAUGACCACCUUAACCCUAAUAUUCUUCCAUGGCCUCCCUCACUUUGAGCUAUUCCCUCUUGAAGCCAGGAGUCAAAUACCACGAGUCCUGAAGAAUCAUUUAAUGUGUUAACGAGGCAGAGGCCAGAAAUUAAGACAAAAACUGAUUGAAUAUCAAUGUACCUAAUCAAGCCAAAACCCUUCACGUAACCAUCAGGAUGUGCUUGUAAUCAUUCAUGCUCACAUUAUAAAACCCACACAAUUCAAAGCCUAUGUGGAAGGAAAUUAUCUCUAAUCAUUCUGAUUUUUAGCAUUUAUGUCCACCUGCCUUUCCACAUUAUAUGACAUCCAGUUCAACGUUCUCCAGCUUUAUUAACCAUCGAGCAGCAGUGAGCUUUAAACUGAAUUCAUUGUGGAUACCUGGCUCUUUAAAUCCCACAGCGUGAUCCUCUGCAUCUUUAUUCAUACAUAUUCAUAGUCAAUUUUUCCCAUAAUUAUAGCAUUCAUAAAGCAUUGUUGUAUCUUUCAAUUUUACAAAUCUAUGCUACCAAAGAGGAGUAAACGUCUCAAGAGCAAACAAGCAACAUUAUUUACAUGCCAUGUUAGACUAUUUGAUUUUAGGUUGUCAAAUGACUAUAGUGUUUGUCACUGCUGCCCCAUGACGCCUGCAUACCACAGAGCAACUGGAUCUUCGCAAAUAUGACAACCGGAAGAAGGAUGCUUGGACGCUUUUCAAAUGAACCGGUUCUCCUUUAGCAACAAACAAAAGUCCAGCUACUUACUCUUAUUUUAAAUAUGUGUAUUCGAUUCAAGACAUUGAGCUGCAGCACAUGGAAUCUCAACUAACUAGGUAUUGCAGUUUAUCCGACAAGUGCUAUAAGAACUGACUUUGCCAACGAGGUGGUCUGUGGGUCAUUGACCAAGGCAACAUGAGACACUGUUCUGUGUGCUCAGGCCUAUCUGCAUAACACAGGAGCUCCCACACAGACUCACUCAUCCUGACCCAGAACAGGGACGGACGUGAAAUUCAACUACGUAUACAGUGUAUGGCAGACAAGUGCACACACACACACGCACACACACACACACACACAUAAACACACCUACAGUAUGUAACAAUGCGUGUACUAUUCAAACAAACACACACAGAGUACAUGUAUACAUUUACAUACUUAUUCAUUGUAGAAGACAGAAACACAGAAAACUUUAAAUCCUGCCAUAUUCUGAAAGGAAAACGCUCAUACAUUGUUUAACAUCAUUAUAACUUGUGUGCUCUAGAUGGUAAAAUGCUACCUAACAUUAAACAGCAUGCAUAAACUAGCAACUCAUUGUCAGCCAGUGCAUACCAAGAAAAACAAAUACACAAUCAGGAUGCAAAAGUGGUUUGCUUAUUUUCUCAGGGUUCUUGAAUGAUUGUGUUACUGCAUCAAUACUACACUUAUUAUUGCACCCUCUAUAGACGCUGUGUUUAUCUAAAGCAGAGGCUCUAGACAAUCCUUCAAACAAGCGAAUAAGAGAGGGAAACGGGCCAGAGAAUGGAGGAAAAGGGUGUCUUGUUUCCUCAUUGUUUGCAACAAUGACCUCUGGAUAAAAGGCAAGUCAGUGGAGACAUAAGUCAAAGGAUGUGGGAUGAUCGGACUGAGGGGAAGCGGAAAAGUUUUGGAUUACUUAAAUGUAAAGUUGAAACCCAACUUUGCUUUAUCAGCUUGUUUAAGCAUGCAUUGUGUUGUGCUGCAGCCAUUUGGUUUGAAUGUGUCAAAGCUUACUUCAAAAAUUGUAUUAUGUUGAUAUUAUAUUGCUGCCAAAUGAGGACCAGUAGCCCCUUUAUGUUUUCUUUCUUUUUGGGGGAACAUUUUUGAAGGAGCAAAUAGUUUACUGUGCUAAACUUACCUAAACCACCAACUUCAUCUGUUACAUUGAGGUACAGAUUGUACAUUGUUACUAACCACUAUCAUACUAAGCAUCAUGCUGUAGUGUUACUUUAAAUGAAGGUUUUCUCACUCUACUCUCUAAGGAUUGUUGUAUUUUAAUUCCUCAAUAACAACUGUAAACGGUAUUAAGUUUUCUUAUUGUCAUAUAGAUUCUAGUACUUAAAUGUGUAAUUUUGUCUUUUUGCAUCCCAAGUGCCUGGGAACUAUUUCAGGAGUCCGCUGAUGUUGUACAUGUGUUGUUUUUAGCUGUUUUUGUAAGUAUAUUUUCUUUAGUUGUCAUUUUUUUACUUGUAAAUAAUUUGUCUUUUUCUAGUUUUUAUUUUAGUUCAAGCCUAGAAGGCUCUACUGUACAAUAUCUUUGUUAAGGGGAUGUUGUUACAAUGUCAAUGCUGUUCUAGUUUAAAAGGGUACAAAGGACAAAGGGAAAGUAGGUGCCUUUGUGAGGGAGGAUACUUUGAACAGAUUAUUCACCACCAAGUGUAGUUUAUUAAUGUAGUGUGUCAUAAAGACUGUCCACGAAUAGGGAACACAUUUAAAAUACCUUUAAGGCUAAUCAGAACUAGAAAGGCUAUAAUCGUCCAUUUGGAAAAACACCACCUGCCACCCAACUCACUGUACAACAUUAUAAAACCCUGUGGUGGGAAUACAGUGAGUCAAUCAGUCAACAUACAGUAUAACAUUUUUGCAGAGUUAGCAGACAAGAGCAUAACCACUAUGUGUACGUUCAAUAUAAAGACGACAGCCAGCAGCCACUUAGCUUAGCAUAAAGACUAGAAACAGGAGAAACAUUUAGCAUGGCUCGGUACAAAGGUAACAGAAUCUGCAUAGCAGCACCAAGCCCCCAGCAAUUUUACAUAGUAGCCAACUGGUUGAAUUACAAUUUCCUGGUCCGUCACGUGAUACCAUUGGGCCCAAAUAUUGUUUCCAACAGACUUACAUUGGGAAAGAGACAUCUGAAAAUCAGUGGCACAUUUCUUUCGGGGUGAUCAUCUUCUAUGUACAAAUACCCUUGAUUAAAUCAUUAGUUUCAAAUUGAAAGUUUCAAAAUGCACUAAUAGCUAAAUCCAUUUUCUUUCCUCCGUUCAUGUGAAGUAACAUGCUAGCUGUUUCCCCCUGUUUUCAGUCUAUAUGUUAGGCUACGCUAACAGGCUGCUGGUCGUAGCUGUACAUUAUCAAACAGACAUAUUAUUUGAAAAAUUACACAACACUAAAUAUGACUGGUUGUCAGGAUUGAGGACACUUAAAAAAGUUUUUCAAUAUUAGCCUACCACAUAAAAGCCCUUUGUUCAUUGUACUCAAACUUAGUCAACACUAUCUUCAGAGUUGUGAAUUGUGACUGAAGAUGGAGGUGUUUUCCUUGGACAGUAUUUGUUUAGUUUGAUAGAUAUGAGUUUAAUUGAGUUAACAGUGAUAUUGAAUUGCGUGUACAAUAAACCCAACUGAAGGUGAACAUGUCAUGUUAUUGCACUUGAGAGUAACAAAGUAGUCCUGCAGAUACGGGGUUUGAGGGUGGAUGGGGGGGGUAAUGAAAAGAUAACGUUUUGUUUUUUAAACCCUGGUAAUGUAGCUCAUGGUAACAAGACUGACAGGGCACCAGAACUGAAUUGUAUAGAUCUGAGAAAUACUGAAUGUUCCUUGUAUACUAAUACUGUACUAUACUUAAUGUGAAUUUGCAAAAUUCCUACAUCAGACAAGCAGUAACCAAUAAUAAAGGUCUUAAAUCCACUUAAA